AUGCAGACUAGCAAGGUCUGUGGCGCUUCAGGUACCUUUCUCCUUCUUGGUGGAUGGGCAGGUAUCAUGUGGGUGUUUCUCAGGUCGGUAUCGCUUCACCUACAGAUAUGCUGGCAAGUUCUCGUUGGCAAGAACUUCAUGAUCUUUGCUCAGGCAGCUGGAUGGGGCGUUCCUAUCCUGGGUAUAACUCUGGCUCUCGUCUUUAGCGGCGUUUCGUUCCGUUUUGGUGCAACAUGCCAUAUCAACCAUGAGAACAGUCUGGCCGACUUUUGGAUCCCGCUUCUCCUGUUCGCUGGACUGACCGUUAUUAUUACUUUCGCCACCUUUGGUUAUUGUAUCAAGGUCUACUUGGCAUCGUUGUCUGACAAUGGCGCAUCCUCCGAGGGCUCUAGCUUGCCCACCUAUACACAAAGCAUCAAGACCAUGAACCCAAGGCAGGUCUACCGUCGAGUUCGUCGAGUUAUCGCACUGCAAUGGCGUGGUAUUGCCAUUGUGCUCAUCAUCAUUGCUGAUGUCAUCUUUUUCUCUGUCGUUUUUGUAUUUCAAGACAACGUGGUUCAGUCUGUUGCCGACGAUCCCACCAAAGCAGGCGCUUUCGUCGCAUGCCUCUUCAAAGAAAAGGGCAAAAAGGAACCUUGUCUAGAUGAUGCAUCCUCUCUGGUCAUCAACGAAGCGACUGUCACGGCUGUCCUCCUUCUCUUGGCGCUGAAUGGUCUCUGGCUGAUCCUCUUCCUCGGAAGAUGGUCAAUGGUUCAAGGCUGGAUUGACUUGAUCAAGAAGCCAUUUACCCGGAACAAGAAGGAAUUUGUGUCGGUCGACGCACGCGUUGACGUAAAGAACCAUCCACGUUCGUACGAGAUGCUCUCAAGAGAUUCGAGCGCGGCAGUAACACCCAUUACUCCAGUGAAAUCCCCAGAGAGUGGACGCAGAACUCCUGAUUACUUCGGUUCGACUGCACGCUACCAUGCGCCAGUGCGUUCGUUUUCGAGCCCCAGGCCUCCGCCUACUGGGCGGGAGACGGGAGAUUCAUAUCCGAUGCUGACUUAUAGCAAAGAGAUGAACCCCCUUGCCAUGAACCGAACAUGA